AAUAUCAAUAUUUAUUGUAAGCAGGGGAGAUAUGUAUAGAGAUUUAGAAUUGUGUUUUCAGUUCAAAUUUAAGCGUUAAAUUGUAUUCAGCUUUUGACAAUAUUUUCUUUUUAUGAUAAUUAACAUGAUAAGUAUAAGUGACAUAUCGCUACUCCAGGACAAUCUUCUCUUUUUUAUGUUUAUUACGAUUUCAAUUAUAAUAGUUCUAAUUAAUUAUCACUUCGUAUAUUUUAAAACGUUAAUAGAGAAAAUGUUGGCCUUAGAGCGCAUACCUGAUCAAACUGGAUACUUGGUAUUAACAGAGGAUGGUGCUGUAUUAACGUCUGGAGGAGAUUUGGAAAAUGAUGAGAGAAUAGCAAAUAUCAUUAGCAGUUUGGUUACAUUGACGAGUAAGGUUGAUCCUAAAGCGUUUCCUUUGAAUAAUGCCUUUGAAAAAAUAUCUAUCAACUAUAAGGAUCAUUGCUACGUUGUAUGUCUUUCCAAUAAGAAGAUUUAUGUGGUGAAAAGAAAUUUACUAUCUCCAACUACAGCAAACAUGGAAUCACAGUCUACCGUUGAGAUGUGAAUAAAAAUAAUACACAAAACAAAUAAAUCUAUUCUGUACACUUUAAUAUAUCUGACAUGUACAAGUUCAAUUUCUUCAAUUAUUCUAAGAAAUUUAUUCAUCGUUAUGUAUUUAUAUAGGAAUAUAUGUAUCACUUUAAAGAAGAAAAUUAGUGCAAUGUAUCGCAUAGUUUUAAGAAAGGUUAAAUGUCUUUGUGUUAUAUAUUUAAUUUAAUGAUUUCUUUCAAUUAUUAAUGUAGAAUAUUCUUUCAAUAUAUGACUUUAUAAUAAUUAUGAUUAUUAUUAUUCUUGAAAUAUAUUUUUUAUCAAAAUA